AUGACUUCACUAGAGAAUGAUCAAACUCCCCAAAAGGAAGAAACAGAUAAAUUAGUAGAGAACUCGACUGAACCUGAAGAAAAUACUGAAGUUGUUGAGGAAAAGAAAUACUUUACAUGCUCGAGUUGUAAUCUACGCGAGGAAUACGAGUAUUUUGGUCAAGAACCACCGUAUACGAAGAGGUACAAGUUAAAUGAAGAUUGCUAUGUGAUUGAAGAUCCUUUCCAACCGCCAAGGCAAGGAGAGUUCAUCAUUUUGGGGGCUCAUUGUCAGGAUUGCAAUAAACCAAUUUGCAGAGAUUCAAUUUGUAGUUUCUAUUAUGAUGGAACCUACUGUAUUUCUUGUGCCCGGUGUAAAAAGUUUAGUUUUCCAAGUGUUAUUCAAGAAAAAUUGAAUAAAGUCGUUUUAUAA